AUGUCUAGCAACGCAAUUGUAUCCACCGAUCUGCCCCUCAAACUUAUCGCAAAGGGAAAGGUUCGUGAUGUGUACGAUGCAGGUCUUACCAACGGUCCUCAUGCCGGUGCCAUCCUCUUUGUCGCCACCGAUAGGAUAUCGGCCUUCGAUAUCAUCCUUCAGAACGGCAUCCCCAACAAAGGAAAACUUCUCCACGCGCUCUCCACCUUUUGGUUUGGUCUUUUGACUCCCUCGCUCAUCGAGUCCCACAUCAUCGCUACCGACUAUGCGCACUUCCCCGAAGAGCUCAAGCAGAAGCUGGCUGGUCUCGAGCACCAGGUCGAGGGUCGAUCCAUGCUGGUCAAACGAGCCAAAGUUCUGCCUAUCGAGGCCAUCGUACGCGGCUACAUCACAGGAAGUGGCUGGGCGGAAUACAAGCGUACCGGCACCGUCCACGGUAUCAAGCUACCCGAAGGCUUGCAAGAGAGCCAAGAGAUUCCCAACGGUCCGCUCUUCACUCCCAGCACAAAAGCCGAGCAAGGCGAACACGACGAGAACAUCCACCCAGACAAGGUCGACGACAUCAUCGGUGCCGACCUCUCCAAACGCAUGUCCAACGCUGCUGUUGCCCUCUACUCGAAAGCUGCCGCUCACGCAAAGUCGCGCGGCAUCAUCCUGGCUGACACCAAAUUCGAAUUCGGCCUGAUUGGCCAUGAUCACAUGAUUCUCGUCGAUGAAGUUCUCACCCCAGACAGCUCGCGUUUCUGGUCCGCCGACAAGUAUGCCGUCGGUCGAGGUCAGGAUAGCUUUGACAAGCAGUACGUCAGGGAUUGGUUGAAAGCCAACGGUCUCGACAAGGCCGCCGAUCAGGGUGUCCCCGUCACUCUACCAGACGACGUCGUCAAGAGGACAGAGCAAAAGUACAGAGAGGCUUACGAGCUUAUCACUGGGCGAAAGUAUGGUGCAUGA